CUCUCUCUUUUGUCCACACCUCCACCUCGUUCCCCAAGGUCCGCCUACUCUCCAUCUAUCGCACCGCCGCACAAUGGAUCCCGCAGCAGCAACAGCAACUACAGCCGCUGCACCUUCUCUGCCCCAGCGCAGCAGGACUCCUGUUCUACCUCCACCAAUCACACUUACUUCCCAUACCGCCACAUCAGCAACAGCAACAAUAUCAAUGCCGCACACAGAGAACAGCAACAGUAAUAGCAGCGGUCUCUUCCGCAGACACCCCUCGAUCGUCAUCAAAACAGAGAAACGCAAGGGCAAAGGCAAGGAUAAAGAUAAGGAAAAGGAUAGGGACAAUGAAGGGAGCUCAAAACACGAUGGUGACCCAUACUACACAAAAGUGUCCCUAAAACGGUCUCGGUCACCCAUCAAGCUGUUUAAGAACAUCAAAACCUACCUCCACGUCCACAAACACAAGUACUCAGGCAAUGGGAGCCAUGGUAGCAGUGGCACUAGCAGCUCUUCUCAACAGCUCGGAUCGAGCUUUAGCGGAGGUGUGUACUACUACAACAACAACAACAACAACAGCCUUGCGCCCCCUCGGUCUUCCUUCGAUAAUGUUAGUCACCAAUACCGCUCGGCCUCGCUUCCAUCCUCAUCCAUCUUGGCCACCGCCCAACUCGCCCAAGACGACAGCUCAAUACCCAAACCGCCAAGAGAGAGACAGUCUCCGGAUUCGCUGACCCCCGAGAAGCAAGUUUUGUUGCUGCAGGUUGUGUCUUAUUUCGAGCAUGCGGGUCAUCGGGCCGAUGAGGAUACGGCAGAGUACCUGUUGGGUUCAUAUCAGUGGGACAUUGAUCAGACGAUGCAGUACUGCCAGGAUCUGGUUCAGGCUGUCCAGGGAACACUUGUGCCCGUCCAGCAGGAGGUGCAGCUGACUGGGGCUGUCAAUGACCAAAUGACCAGCUGCUACAUCGAUGCACUACUCUUCGCCAUGUUUGCGCGCCUCUCGGUCUUUGAGGGCCUCUUGAACGUCAACCUGGAUGCAGAAUGCGACAGCGAUAGCGAUGGUAGCAGCGAGACGGGGGGGGAUUCCCGCAAGGAAGAAGAAAAACAGGAGGCACUGCUGCAUACCCAUCUGCUCCAGACCUGGCUCCGGAUGUUUGUGAACCAGCUGCGCUCAGGACGACUGAUUCAGGCACAUGUGGUCAAGGAGCUACGACAGCACUUGUACAGCUGUGGGUGGAACUGUCCUGGACCGUAUGACCCUCCAGGAAGUAGUCGGCAGGAGGAUUCGAGCGAACUGUUCAUGUUCUUGACGGAAAAGUUGCAUCUGCCGUAUUUACCACUGGAACAGAGGCUGCUGCAUGGCGCCAAGUUCUCGGCGGAUGACGAUAAGGUGAUCACGGAACGGAUGCUGCAGAUUUCGAUCCCGAUACCAGAGCCGGCGUCUUUAUCGCCGACCAGCAAACUUGAAUCGACCUUUUCGAAGCUCUUGUCGUCAAAAUCAUCCUCAAGCAGCAGCAAUCGAGAUGGCAGUGGCAGUCCGGGAUCGGUGUAUGAGAUUUUGUCAUUGGAGAAGCUGCUGGCUCAGCAUUUUUAUGACAACACGCUCACGGGUAUUCGACGACUCGUCUCUUCAGGAACAGGAGUGCCGCUGUCCCCAGGAGUAGAAGUACCUGUCUCAGCAUGGCAAGUCCUGGAGUUGCUUCCGUUUUAUUCAUCUUCGAAUGAGCAAGGAGGAAUUAUCCAUGCCAGCCAAUCCCAGUAUCCUGCGGAUGUUGUGAUCCUGCCCUUGAUUUUAAAGAGGUAUUCCUUUGGAGCGGACAUGCAGGCGCGGAGGAUCAACACCCCGAUUGAUAUCCCUCGGCGGAUCGAUUUUUCGAGGUUUGUCAGCCGACAAACAUCAGGUUCGUCUAAAGCAGCAGAUCCUUCAGCAAACAAUGCUACUAGCGACAGUAUUGCUAAUGGCGUCAGCAACGGAAACAACAAUGACCUACUGACAGGGCCACAAGAACCGUCUGGUGCGGCUUCCUUGUCAUCGUCAUCAUCAUCAACAUUGUUCACAGCUGAACCGGGAACUCUUUCAGAUAACAUCUCGACAGUGGGCGCAUCUGCUUCCGUAAACAGCCUCUCGACCAUGGGCGUCAACACACAGGCUCCAUCUCGUCGCAAGUACUCGAUGUCGUUCCUUCAGGCUAUAGAUUCUCCAUCAACGCCGAUCACCCCUCCACCACAGUAUUCGCCCACGGUCCAGAGCAAGACAUUUUUGAAUCUUGGAGACGACAAACGGGAAUGGUCACCGAACCCACCGCCGGAUGAUAUCUUUGAGGGAGAUUACAUGGACUGCGGACAACCGAAAAUCAAGUACAUGCUGGAGCUCAAGUCGGUGGUCUGCCAUCUCGGCUCACGUCUGGAUUCGGGACAUUAUCGAAGUUAUGUGGCGGACACGGUCAGCAACAAGGCUGCUCCAGCUCCAACAUCGGUUCCCGCCCCUCCUGUCUCGAGCGGGAGCACCAAUACUGCAGCGGCUACGAAUGCUGCACCGCAUCCAUUAUCGUUUCAGGAGCCGAACUGGCUGAGACAUGAUGAUCUGGACCCUUCGGGACAGCGUGUCCAGUUGAUCACCAGGGAUUCGACCGAAGAAAUGGAGAUGGAGGCUGACUGGGCACGGAAUGGAUAUAUUCUGUUCUAUGAGCUCCAGACGGUCCCGUCCUGAGAUCCAC